AUGGCGCCGCGACCCCGCAAGCGGGCCUCGCGCCCCAAGCCCCGCCCGGGCUCCCGACGUGGCGGCGGCGGAGGGGACGACGACCCCUUCUUCGAGUCCGAGCCCAAGCGCCGCCGCGGGGACCGUGACGAGGACAUCGAGAGCGAGGACAGCGACGAUGACGGCGUGGCUGCGCUUGGCGGCGGAUUUGAUGAGGAUGGGGACGAGGGCGGUAAAGAGGAGGAGGACGAGGAGACGGUGGGGGAGAAGAAGAUGCGUAUGGCGAAGGAGUGGCUGCAGAAGGUCACUGAGGUCGCUAAGAGGGGGCAGGAGGAUGACGACGAGGACGAGGACGAGUCGGGAGGGAGACGAGUGGCGGAGAUCCUGCAGAGGAAGCAGCUCGAGGAGAGCGGCAGGAAGCGGAGGGAGAUUGCUGCGAGGGUAUUACCACCGGGCCCUCAGGAUGGCUUUAAGGUUCUUGUGAAGCACCGGCAACCUGUUACUGCUGUUGCUUUAUCCAAGGAUAAUGAUAAGGGAUUUUCAGCAUCAAAAGAUGGAAUCAUUAUGCAUUGGGAUGUUGAAACUGGGAAAUGUGAGAAGUAUAUAUGGCCAAGUGAAAAUGUGUUGGUUUCACAUCAUGCUAAACCACCAGUAUCAGCAAAAAGAAGCAAGCAAGUGCUGGCUUUAGCUGCCAGUUCUGAUGGUCGUUACUUGGCGAGCGGUGGCUUGGACCGUCAUAUCCAUUUAUGGGAUGUUAGGUCACGGGAACACAUACAGGCAUUUAGCGGCCAUCGGGGACCAAUAUCAUGUCUGUCUUUUGGGCCGGACUCUUCAGAGCUAUUCUCUGGUUCUUUUGACCGUUCAAUAAUGCAGUGGAAUGCAGAGGAUAGAACAUACAUGAACUGUUUAUAUGGGCAUCAGAAUGAAAUCCUGACAAUGGAUGCACUUAGUAAAGAUAGGAUUCUAACUGUAGCACGGGACCGUACGAUGCACCUUUGGAAGAUUCCAGAAGAGUCGCAGUUAGUGUUCCGUGCUCCUGUUGCCGCAUCUUUAGAGUGCUGCUGCUUUAUUGAUGACAAGGAAUUUUUGUCUGGAUCUGAUGAUGGAAGCAUUGAGCUUUGGAGCAUAAUGAGGAAAAAGCCUAUUCUCAUAAUAAAAAAUGCUCAUCCAGUAUCGUGUACUAACCUUAAUUCAGUUGACAAUGAUGAUGAGUCACCUAAAGAAAAUGGAAUACAUAAACCUGAAAAUGUGGCAUCCGCAGCCCAGUCAUGGGUUGGUACUGUUGCUGCAAGAAGAGGUUCUGACCUUGCUGCAUCAGGAGCAGGAAAUGGUUUAGUUCGUCUCUGGGCUAUCAAACCUGAUUCCAAGGGAGUCGAGCCAUUAUUCGAUUUGAAACUGGAUGGAUUUGUUAAUUCUCUUGCCAUAGCAAAAUCUGGACGUUUUAUUGUUGCUGGUGUUGGCCAGGAGCGUAUGAACUAG